AUGGGUGCCAUCAUUGGUGUACUCAUCAACCUCCAAGAUGAUAAACUAUCCAAUUGGACUCUUGAUAAACGGACUGGUUUGACACUCAACGCCUACAUCUCGGUAUUAUCGAAGAUGGCAGGUGCCUCCCUGAUAAUCCCUGUCUCAGAAGCUCUCGGUCAGCUGAAGUGGAGCUGGUUUUUGCAACACUCGAAGCAGAUGUGGGACUUCGAAAUUUUUGACAACGCGUCUCGAGGCCCAUGGGGCUCAUUCCUACUACUCAUACGAACCAAGGGCAAGGCCCUCGCAGCGCUUGGAGCCAUGAUCACCUUAGGUCUUAUGACUUUAGACCCUUUCUUCCAGCAAGUUGUUGACUUCCCAGAUCGUUGGGCGCUGCAAGACGCACCAGCAAACGUCCCUCGCGUUCAGCGCUUCGAAGGCAACAGUAUUCCGGUAUAUACCGAGGAUGCACCCUGGGCAAGCCCAGACCGUGACAUUAACCAAGUUGCUUCUGAGUUCUUCUACGGCAAUGGGACACAGCCCAUCCCAUUUGGGAAUGGCACUCGACCUGAUAUUCCACUCUCUUGCCCCACUAGCAACUGUACAUGGCCAGCCUACGACACCCUCGGAGUGUGCAGUGAAUGCGCAGACAUUUCGAGCUACCUCACCUACGCUUGCGUUAAUGCGACUGUAGACUGGACAUCUGAUCUGACUGGUGGGUACAAUAUUGAUGGGUCAUAUCCAAACGCAACGAUGUGUGGAUAUUUCCUUAGCUUCACCGAAGAGCGUACUACGAUGAUGUCCGGCUACCUUUUCGAGCCCAAUUCCUCCACACCCGGGGAAGCGCUAAUCGCUCGGACGAUGCCAAUGGUAACAGUGUUCGACAAGAUACCGGUAUUUGGCAACGGGUCCGUCAUGUUCCCACACGUGCGCGAUCCAAUUGCAGAUGUCUUGAUAGUUUCUGCUGCAGAUGGAACAGCAGAUUCGGUAUACAGACAUGAACCGCCAGUCGCGCAGGAGUGUGUCAUCUCAUGGUGUGUCAAGACUAUCAAAUCAUCGUAUGAUUGGGGCAAGUACAGCGAGACUGUACUGAACACACGCAUAAACAUAACUGAGGGACCAUUCCCCUGGCAGACGACCGCGAUCGAUCCGAAUGUAGAGGCGACAAAUGGCACUCAGAUCUUCUUUGCAGAUGAUAUCCACAUCCAGGUCGAGUAUCCGGACACUGUCAAUGGAACUCUCAGUUACGGAACUUCAAAUGACACAGCCUAUUCUGUGAUGAUGGUUUUCGAUGACAUGUUCCCAUCCUUUUAUACGGCGAAGGACGCAUCCGCAGAACCAAUCCUUAGAUUCUGGACCUGGAAGGAUGGUCCCGCUUAUACCCAGCAGCCCAAAUACAAUCCGUGGCUGGCACCGAACAAUGUCACAUCGCACGUUGAACGUCUGGGCAUAGCACUGACCAAUGUUAUCCGCUCGAAGACCGACAAGAAAUGGCUGGAAGGAAACGCUUACAGCAUGGAAAACUUCGUGGCCGUGCGUUGGGAGUGGCUUACUUUGCCUUUGGGGCUUCUUAUGAUGAGCUUGAUUUUUCUUGCGGCAACAAUAUUCAAGUCGGCCCACGAGAGAGAAAAGGUUGGCGUGCUAAAGAAUUCCGCUAUCCUUACCUUACUUCACGGUAUUCCUGACGACAUGAGAGGCAAGUUGACUCGGUCUACAAGCACUGGUACACCGAGGGCUAAAGCGAAAGAGUUGAAGGUUAGGCUACAUCCGAACCUGGGUUGGCGGAUUUCUGGAAAUGUCUUCUCACCGCUUACCUCCCGACUACCGCGAAACCAACCCCCUCCGGGAUGGAUAUGA